AUGCUCGACUUAGACGACCCAGAAGGUCCGAUCAAAUCGAAGAUGGCCCUGGGUGUGUGGACGAUCGGAUUCGCUGGUUCACUGGUUCUCGCGUUUUUCUACUGUCCCACAGACUGGAACGGACCGGCUUGCACGACCGGCCGGUACAUGGCGGCCUUCUUUGUCCUUCCAAUUGUCGUUGCUCUGGCAGCUAUCUACGCCUACGUCGCCUACCUGGAACACAUCCAGUCCAAGGUCCGCAAAUGGGGUCCCGGGGGCUCACCCCCCAAGUACCUCAAAGACGCCCAGGUCGUCGCCUCGGCAUUAUCGAUAGUCGAAAACGCUACCUUAGCCUGUUCGGGGUCGCAUUACGUGACUACGUGGACACUCCACAACCGUCUGGAAGAACUUAAUCAAGAUAAGCGCACAGUGAACACCUGCAGUUACCACAUUCAUCGCAGGACAGAUUCCCCUGUCACGGGAUUGGUAAAUGCCAUCGCAGCGCGCACAGACGAUCAGUCGCUCAGACCGGAGCGGUUCUUGUCGAUGGCCUGCGAGCGGGCAUCGGCACGGCGUGAUGCGAGCGCCGCAGUAGCUCUGGCGCGUUGCUUAGCAACUGCUGUCUUCGUCACUGGUUGCCUACGCGGAUCGGUCUUGGGAGUCAAGAGUAAAGAACUCCUGCGUCGCGAGUUAUCGUACAGCUUCCGCCGCAUGAAGGCGCUUGCCUCUAACUGGGGUUUCGGAUUACCUAGGCGCCACAAAAAAGGUGAUGAUAUGGGAAAUCUCGGCUCUGCGGUGCCGAGCAAAACCCAACUUCACUUAGGCUCGUAUGCUCCAUUUUGUCUGAUGAUCCCUCGUCACCGUUAG